CAAACUUGGCCGUAUGCUCCAGAACCAACGGCCGAUAGCAUUUGGUACCUCACUGGUACUUCCCAUACCGUUUUGUUAACUUCGACUUUGUGAAAAGUAGUCAUUUUUCCAAAAGAAAAAUAAGUAUCACUUUUGCAUUCGAUUUAUUUUUAGAAAGAAAACUCACUACUUUGAGAAAAAUACUAAACAAAAUCUAAAAAAAGGAAUGGACAUAUGGGGCAAUAAAUAGAUUAGAGGGAGACGGAUAUUUACACGUCAAAUUUUUCUCUUUUCGGGAAACUUAAAAUGAAUGAUAACAGCUGAUUUAUUUUUAGUUACUACGGUGCAACUCGAAUCAGUCAGUUUGUUCGGUUCUGAUUCUAGUUCCAGAAUUACUCCUAUUGAAUUACUCCGUUCUUCUUGUUUCCUGGUUCCGACAAUGUUCUUUUAUAAAGCCGUGUUCGUUUUUGUCAUCUUUUUUGUCGAUUUGCUCCGAAAUUCUGUCAGGCACAUGAUUUAUAAAUUGAAACAGUCUGAUCCAGGCACAAAUAUUCAAUGAACUGGUUCGGAACGUGAUCCAGAACAGAGCUAAAUCUUACAGGUAACUUUAAUAGAAAUUUACCUCCUAGUCCUAACCAAACUUUUAGUUCUCAAAAAAAAAGUCAACAAAACAAAACUGCAAAAGUAAUGAAAAAUUGAAUAAUAACAUUAAUAACAAUCAAUUUAAUUAAAAAUAUAGAAUAAUAAUUAGCAGGCAAAAACUAAUGAAAAUGGAUCAACAAGAUUUCACAUACAUCAAUGACCAACACGGAAUCGAAUUAUCAAUUUUGAUACCUUACGAAGAUUCCAUUGAAGAACUAGCCCAUAUUUUGAUAAUCAAGCAUAAUUUACCAUUGUAUAUAGAAAAAGAGCUGACAGAGCAUAUUUUUGAAUUUAUUGAGGCCAGAUCCUCAGAAUAUUUUGAAGAACUAUCAAAGAGUAUUGUAAAUAAGGCGAAAGAUCAUGAAAUUGAUUUUGAGGAAGUUACAAAAGAAUGGGAAAAAGUGAUGAGAGAGGAAAUGGUAGAAUUUGGAGAAAAACGUUGUGCAUCUGACGAAGAACUAUUCGCCACAGCUUACCAUAAACUAGUGCAUUCACCAGCAUUGGAAACCAUGCUCCAACUCGAGCACAUGUAUUCUAAAAGCGUCCGCCAAAAAGCAGAAGAAAAAAACAUUCUAAUAAAAAAACUAUCAAAUAGACAAAGCGAAGAGAUGAAUAAAGCAGUUGAUAGGCUGGAACAAGACAUGACUGAAACAAAAAUCAAUGAAUUGGUCGCCAGCCACUAUGAGACCCAUUCAUUGCUGCAAGGAAAACUCACUAGCGAAUUGGAUACCAUGAAAGAAGCCCAAAGACGUGAAUACAGGGAAUGGAUUAUGCAAAUGGUGGAACAAAACCAAGCCAACUCAUCUUUACCUACACCAAAUUCUCCUCUAAGUCCUGCUCCACUCAAAGACUUCCCAAGCAACGAAAGUAAUACUAGUAGAGAUCAAAUUAACCAAUCAAUAUUAGAAGAAAGUUUCACUAUUCAUUUAGGAUCUCAAUUGAAGCAAAUGCACAAUAUAAGAAUAUUAUCGGCUAACGUUAUGGAUCUGUGUGCGAUUGAAGAUAAUGAACUAUUGUCAGAACCAACUCCACAGCUGCUCCAAACUGCAUUAGGUUUGUAUUCCAACGACUUAACCGGGCUGGUAUUAAUGACAGACAACAAAAUAGGCUCAAGAUUAACCCAAGAUUUUCAAGAAAUCUGCCAAAGAACUACCGAAUUCCAUUUUCCUCAUAUAGAAGAACAGCUAGACAAAAUUUCAGAUGUGGCUCUUCAAUAUUUUAAAAAACCACUUCUGGAAUCUUCUAGAAACGCGCACAGUGAACUUUUACAGCCUGGCGAUUUUUAUUUGACACGUCACUCGAAUUUGGCUCAAGUCCACGUUAUUUUUCAUAUGGUUACUGAUGAUAGUUUGAGAGGAAGCGAUAUCAACAGUAGACAUCCAGUAGUGUUGGGAUUGAGACAUAUUUUAAAAACUGCUUGUUCUAAUGAUGUAACUUCGUUGACUAUUCCUUUAUUGUUGCAGUAUGACAUGACAGAGGAAAUGACUAUAAAUUGGUGUGAAAAACGAGCAGAAUUAGUUUUCAAGUGUGUAAAGGGUUUCAUGAUAGAAAUGGCUUCCUGGGGAGGAUCUGAACUCAAGAAUCUUCAGUUUAUGUUGCCUGAGGGCAUAUCUAAUGGAGUAUUUACAUCUAUGACUGAAAUGUUACCAAGAAUUUUCAAAGUAUGCAAUCCGAAAAUACUGAAAUAAUAAUUCAAGAAAGGAUAACUACAUGUUUUUUACCAGGAACAUUUUCUCGAACAUUUUAUUAAAUUACAGCAACAGUAUACUUAUAAUAGCCAACCAUUAACAAACAUUAAAUAUAAAUUACCUGAGAUAUUGAAGAUAAAAUUUGUGAUUUUUUGUUUAAACCCAAACCCAAAAUUAUAAAUAGAUUUCCUAAAUACUGCAAUUUUCAGCAAACCAUUUCUUGGUUGUUGAACAACUGGGAUUUUCACAGUGCGGGCAACGAUUUAAUAGUUUCGGAUUCACAGCUUGGUUACUCUUUAAAUGGCGUUUUACCAGAUCGACAAGAGCGUCUAUGAAUAGCGGAUGAUCAUUUGGUGUUGGUACUCUACGAAUUAUUUCAAUACCAGCCUGAAAAGAAAAUUUGCUCACAAAAUUGUGGGUAAUUACAAUUACUACUAUUACCUUUUUAGCAUCUUCAACAAGUUCAAUAUCAAGCUCAUGUAAAGUUUCAAUAUGCUCAUUGACAAAAGCAAUAGGCACGACUAUAAGAGCUUUUUUUCCUUGUUUGGCAUAACACUUGACUGAUUCAUCGGUAAAGGGGCCCAACCACGGUAGAGGACCAACUUUGGACUGCCAAACCAAUUGGUAGGGGUUACAAUAUUUCAAGUCUGACAUUACAAGUUGAACGGUACAACCUACUUCAGAUGGGUAUGGAUCGCCACGAU